AUGAGCGCAAAAUGGCUAUCUAAUAUAUCACUUUUUAAUUUCAAUAAAACAAAUAAUAAACAAAAUUUUGUAAGAAGCCGGAAACGGUUUCGUACAAUUACAUGGAAAUAUGCCAAAACAAUUGGACCGUUUGCUUCAUUCAUAUAUUUAUUUAAUCAAAGUAUAGGAUCAGGCUUAUUUGACAUCCCAAGUUUAAUUGAUGAAGUAGGAUGGAUUCCAGUAAUUUUCGGAAAUGUGUUUGUAUGCUCAGUUGCUGCUUUUUGUAGUUUAAUGAUUUUAAGAGCGAUGACUAUUAUACCAAAAAACAAAAAUUUUGAGCAAAGAAUUGAAUAUAGUGCAGUUAUAAAAUAUUUUAUGUCGAAUGAAAAAUAUAAAUUUGUUUCCUUUUUAUAUCAUUUAGGGAAUAUAUGCAACAAUAUUUGUGGAAUACUUGUUAUAUCGAAAAUAAUUGACAUAUUCAUUAUUAAAAUAUUUGGGUAUACUAUAUUAUUUGAAAUAUAUCCUCAAAUACAAAUUAAAAAAUGCUCAAUAUCUUUUUUAGAUGCUAUGUUUAAUGGUUAUUACUAUUCUAAUACAGGAAAUUAUGAAACUAUAUUUAUAUGUGGAUUUACUAUAGGUUAUAUAAUUAACGCAAUAAUAUGUAUACAUCUUUCGUCAAAAGGGUUAGAAGAAACGAUAAACUAUCAAUAUGUUGUUUUUAUGAUAUUUAUGAGUUCUUUUUUAUAUUUAUCCAUUUCUUCAACAAUUUAUUUAUUUUCACAUAAUUAUAAUGACAGUUCAACAGCAAUUAAAAGCAUAAAUAUGCAUAACAAUUUAAUAUUAAGUAGAGCCCACAUAGAACCAGAUUUAAUAAAAAAUUAUCAAUCAUAUAAUGAAUUAAACCAUUUUAAAAAAAUAAUACUGAUAUGCAAAAACACAGCUUCUAGUGAGUGUCUAAUUUCAAACAAAAUUGAAAAAAACAGCUUUUCAAAUUAUUCAAAUGACUUAUAUAAACGGAAUGAUAAUAUAUAUAAAAAUGUAAGCACGAAGACCAAUAACAAUAUUAAUAUUUUAAACAAUUUCAACGAAAAAAAUAAUAUUUUAUAUUCAAAAAACACUCCAUUUUUCUGCUCAUUUAUGCGAUUAAACCGUCUAUAUAAAAAAAAAACUUAUAUUUUUCGAAAUAGCAUUUUUUUCCUCACAGUUUUAAGUUGUUCUAAGGAUUUAAAAAUUAAUAAAAAUAUCAACAUUUUAUAUUUUUAUUAUGUAUAUAAAAUAUAUAAUGAAUUUUAUAUCAACAAUUCCAACGCUUCAAACUCAGAAAAAAUGAAACAAUUUAAUACGAACUCAGAAAAUUUUAUUGAAGAAGAAUAUUAUAAUAAUUAUAAAAAUAAUUUAACAAAUAAAUAUAACCUUUCUAAAAAUGGAAAUAAUACAAACGAUAAUAAAAAUAAGGAAAAGAAAAAGGAAAUACAGAACAAAACAUUCUUUGAAAAAUUAUACCUUAUGAUUAGUAAAAUAGAAGGAAUAAAAACAUAUUGUAUGGGAAAAACAUUCGCGAAUUUUAUUGAUUCAUAUGGAUUUGUUAGUAAUAUACCAUCAUGGGGAAAUGAAAUAACGGAUGAUGUUAAUGUAUCUAAAUCUAUAUGGUUUACAGUUAUAUUUAGCAGCAUUUUUUAUUUUAUUUUUGGUAUAAUAUUUUGUUUAAAUAAUUCUUUUAAAAAUAUUAAUACAUCAGUUUUAUAUAUUUUUAAUUUAGUUGCUGUUGCCCCUAAAGUUAUCACUGGCUCUAUAUCGAUGCGCUAUGAUUUAAUGAAUUUAGAUAUAUGUUCAGAUGAUAUAGCAUUUUUUUUUGCUUGUAUCGCUCCAUUUUUAUUAGCAUGGUUAUUUUCAAAUGGUAUAUUAUUUUCAAAUACAUUUAAUUAUAUAAGCUUAAUAUGUGGGCUUUUUUGUAAUUUUCUAUCACCAGCAUUUACUUAUAUAUCAGCAUGUGAAAGUAAUACAUCUUUUUAUAAAAACCCCUUAAGAAAAUAUACAAUCGUUAAUAGAAAAAAAACAGUACUUUCAUCAAGCUCUGACAUUCGAAAAGCUUUAGGGAAUAUAAUUGACAAAUUUGGAGAUGAUAAUCAUCAUAAUUUUCAUAUAGAUCAAAAUGAUAACGAAAAAGAAAAUGAGACACUAAAAAAAAGAAUAAGUAAAUUUAAUAGAUCCAUGUCUUUAAACCAGUCUGGGAUGUAUAAUAAUUCAAUAAACUCAAAUAGUAAUUCUGGAAGUUUUUUUAUUUUUGAAAAUGGGGAAUAUAUACCUAAAAGUUAUUCAAAAGAUGAUACUGACGUCACAAAUUUUUCAAAUAAAUCAUCUAUUGAAUUUAGUUCAUUACAUGAUAAUUGUGAUUUCGUGGAAAAAAAUGAAAUUGUUAUAAAGGAAGAGACCUUUGAUAAUAUAGCAAAUAAAGAGACCAAUAAAAUUAAAAAAAAAAAAAAAGGAAUAAGAUUUUCAAGUGAAAUAAAACAUGACGAUGAAGAUAAUAAUUUAAAAAACAAUAAUAUAUAUAAUUCAUAUGAAAAAAAGGGAAAAAAUAAUAUUUUAACAAAAGAAAUCGAGGGUGAAAAAAAUAAUGACAAAAAUAAAUAUCAAAAAGAAUUCAUUCCCUCCAAAAAAAAAGCAGUUUUCUUUUCAGAAUCAUUCAACACAGGGGAUAAAGAAGAUAACGGUAAUUCAAAUGAAAAACAAUAUUCUCCAACUAUAGAAUUAAACGAAAAGGAAAAUUAUCCUAAAAAAAAAACAAAUAUAAAAAAAAAAAAAAUGUUUUCAGAAGAAGUAAGAGUGUGUAAGGAUGAAGGUAAGUAUGAAGGAAGUAAAAAAAAUGGGAAGAAGAAAAAAGGAGUAGCUUUUUCAGACCAAGUAGAAAUGUGUUAUGAUGAAAAAAAACAAAAUUUUAAAUUUAAUGAUGAUAUUGAAGUUUUUACACCAGAAAAAUAUACCCAGGAAGAUAACACAAAUUUAUGUAAAAAUGAAAACAAAUUGAACAGUAUAUUAUCAAAUGAAAUAAAUGAUGAUUGUAUAACAAAAUGCAAAACAAAAAAAGAACCAAAAUUAAUGGGUGCCAAUGAUGAUAAGGAAAAGGGAUAUAUUACAUAUCCUAAAAAUAGUGAUAAAGUAAGUAUUGACAAUAAAUAUGUACAUGAAGAAAUUUCUACUUAUGAAAUAGUAAUAAAUAAUAAUAAUAAGUUUAUUCAAGAAGAUAUAAGAAAAUGUGAAAAUAAAAAAAAUAACGAGCUUGUUUUUUCUUCAAAUAAAAGUAAUGAUAAUAAAAAAUUGGGCGUAAAUUUAAACAACCCCUCAUGUUUAGAAUAUGAAAGAAUCCUUAGCGAUUCAGCUAUUAAUUAUAAUGUAAAUGAUGAAAUUAAUGAAACCAAAGAAAAUGAAAAUGAAUCAAUUACUAAAAAUAGAAGUUUCGAAAAUCCUGAUCACCAAAUUUUUAAACGGAAAAGAGAAAAAUUAAAAUCUCAAUUUAAAUCUAAUAUGUCUAGGAAUGUCAGCAACUAUAAAAAGUUAAUACAAAGUAUAAAUUCGUUAAAAUCUGAAGAAAAAAACGAAGAUAUUAAUAAUACCAUAAUAAAAUAUUCAACACAAAAUGAAACAAAUUUUGAUGAUAAUUGUGAUUUAUUCACCCCACGUUAUGUUAUAGAAAAACAUAAAAGUAUAUCCAAAGAAAUAUGUCCACAAGAAACAAUAUUAAAAAAUAUUGACACUGAACUUGAUAAAAAAGAAACAUUGCAUUACUCUGAAAGAAAUGAAAAUAUUAAAUUCCAAGACUCGGAAAAACUUUUAAAUAAAGAGGAAAACAACAAAAAUAAUUUAUAUUAUAAAAUAUCUCUAUCGUUCGAAAAUAAUACUAUCCAUGAAAGGGAAAACCAAACAUGCCCAUCAAAUCAUCCAAUAAAUGAACACGAUAAUAGUAAAAAUAAUGUAUUAUUUGUUAGACAGAGGAAAAAAUUGAAAUCAUCUUUUUAUGCCAAUGGUAAUAUGAUAAUUGGAGAUAGUAAAGAAGCGAUACAUGUAGAGCAAAUUAAUAAUUUUCGUAAUAAACUUAAUGUUGAAUCUGAUUUAAAUGAUAAUAAUAAUAAUAUACAAAUAUCUGAAAAUGAAAUUAAUGACGAAAAAGCUAUUGAAAAUACAGAGGUAGAAAUUGUCCCAAUAUUAAAAAUAAUGAAAUCUUAUGAAAACCAAACAUUGACGGAGAACGACAAUGAUCAAGUAAAAAACAUGAAAAAAAAAAAAACAAUAAAAAAUGUAAGACAUCAGACACAUUACAAGUUCGCUGAUUUAUCAGACCUGUAUGAUGAUAUACAUAAAUACGAAUUAGAAAAUGUUGAAACAAAUUAUGUAAAUAACAAAACAGAUAAUGAUGAGGAGAGUAAGCAACUUUUGGAAAUAAGCAAAAAUAAUAAUUUAAAUGAAGAGAUAAAUAAAACGAAUGAAACAUCUUCAUCAAUAAAAAACGAAAAAUCGUCUAUUAUAAAACAAAUAGAACAAAUAUAUACAGAAUUAGCAGACAGAAUGCAUUCUGGUAUUUCUGAAAUAUCUACGAAUGAUGACAUUGAUUAUGUUGAUAUACGUCAAUUUAAGAUAAUAGAUAAUAAUAGCCCAGUUAAACAUUAUUAUAAUGUUUUUCACAAAAGUAAAAAUUAUAAUUCGAAUAAAUAUGAACAUAUAUAUUCAAAUAACAUUAUUUUGGAUAAUAAAACAAAUAUGGAUCAUUUAUGUUCCAUAUUUUUAUUUGGUAACCCUUUAGAAAGAAAUGAAGAAUAUGAAGAAAGCCGAAAAAAAAUAAAUAAAAAUAAUGAAACCACUAAUAUACCAACUAGCUCUCAAAAUAAAAUAUCAGAUAUAAAAGAAAAAUCCGGAAUUUUUACACGUUUUGAAAAUACAAAGAAUAAUUUAUCCGUUUCCGGAUUACAUGAAGAACAAGUAUCAUUAAUUAACUCACCUUCCUCUCGAAAUACAGAAAAUUAUAUUGAAAUCGUCAAUAAAAAUCACAAUGCCAUAAGUACAUCGGGCACUGUUAAACCAUCAGCUUUGAAAAAGCCAAGCGUAAAUUUUAAUGUAAAUGAUGAAGUUAUUGACAAUGAGGAAUUAAAUAAUAUAAUAAAAAGCAAUGAUAUAAAUAUCAAGAAAAACAGUUCUAAUAAAAUUGAAAUAAUGAAAAUUCGAAUUCAUGUCUAUCCAGAUUUUCUUCAGAAAUAUCAUGUAGAAACAACCUAUGUAUUAUUGGGUUUUUUGAGCGCCUUUUCAUUUGUUGGCAUUAUAACUGAUUUGUUAUUUGGAUAA